AUGCUUGCUUCCAUGUCGGAGCAGUAUCAGAAAUCGGACGAGAUGUCGUCCCCUGAAUCCCCCACCGAUGAACCUCGCGAGGCAAAAUAUCAGAAAAGCUACGACACCCUCGCCGUCCCUGAAAUGAAACUCCAUGAAGCCAGCAGCUCCGAAACUCUCAACUCUCCUCAAACCCCGACUACUCCAUCUCCCAAGAAGAAUACAGAAUGGGGCAUGACACCGCAAGUCAUUCGGAACGCCCAGCGUGACGAAGCGGCCGGGUUCAAACGCCGUGAGCUUGGAGUGACCUGGCAGAACCUGACAGUGGAAGUUCCCGCUGCCGAAGCUGCGGUCAAAGAGAACAUGAUCUCUCAAUUUAAUGUUCCUCAACUCGUUAAAGACAUGCGUCGGAAACCACCGCUCAAGUCGAUCUUGUCUGACAGCCAUGGCUGUGUCAAGCCCGGUGAGAUGCUACUUGUCCUGGGCCGACCUGGUUCUGGCUGUACCACCCUUCUUAAGAUGCUUGCCAAUCGCCGCGAAGGAUUUCACACCAUCAAGGGUGAUGUGCUUUUUGGAAAUAUGAAACACGACGAAGCAAUCAAAUACCAAGGCCAAAUCGUCAUGAACACAGAAGAAGAGCUUUUUUACCCCCGUUUGACUGUCGGUCAAACGAUCGAUUUUGCCACUAAGCUCAAGGUGCCUUUCCAUCUUCCCGAUGGAGCCAAGAGCGUCGAUGAAUAUACUGCGGAGACUAAGCAAUUCCUUCUGGAGUCUAUGGGAAUCUCUCAUACUGCUGACACAAAAGUUGGAAAUGAAUAUGUCCGUGGCGUAUCUGGCGGAGAAAGAAAGCGAGUCUCUAUUAUUGAGUGUCUGGCAACAAGGGCCUCGGUUUACUCCUGGGAUAACAGUACUCGCGGUCUAGAUGCUAGUACAGCAUUGGAAUGGGCGAAAGCUCUUCGCGCUAUGACCGACGUGCAAGGACUUUCCACCAUCGUCACCCUUUAUCAAGCCGGAAACGCCAUUUAUAACCUAUUCGACAAGGUUCUUGUCCUUGACGAAGGAAAGCAAAUUUACUACGGCCCUGCUGCGCAAGCAAAGCCGUUUAUGGAGAAUCUUGGUCUGAUGUAUACUGAAGGAGCCAAUAUCGGCGACUUUCUCACCGGUGUGACUGUUCCGACCGAGAGAAAGGUCAGAUCUGGCUGGGAAAAUAGAUUCCCUAGAACCGCCGAUGCCAUUUUGACUGAGUACAAGAAUUCGGCGAUAUACAAACACGAGAUAUCUCUUUACGACUAUCCAAACAGCGAUGUUGCAGCUGAGCGCACAGAGGCCUUCAAAGAAUCUGUCGCCUGGGAAAGAUCUAACCAUCUGCCCAAAAGCAGUGACCUGACUAUCAGUUUCUGGGCCCAAGUCUCUUCCUGCACGAGGAGACAGUACCAGAUUCUGUGGGGUGAGAAGUCUACGUUCUUGAUCAAGCAGAUCUUGUCAUGUGCAAUGGCAUUAAUCGCUGGUUCAUGUUUCUACAACUCCCCUGCUACCUCUGCUGGAAUUUUCACCAAAGGUGGUGCCAUCUUCUUCUCGCUCUUGUAUAACUGCAUUGUGGCCAUGUCUGAGGUUACUGAGUCCUUCAAAGGACGCCCUAUCCUGAUCAAGCAUAAGAAUUUCGCUAUGUACCACCCGGCUGCGUUCUGUCUGGCUCAGAUCACGGCGGAUUUCCCCGUUCUGCUGUUCCAAUGUUCGAUCUUCUCGGUUGUCAUCUACUGGAUGGUUGGGCUGAAGCACACCGCGGCUGCAUUCUUCACUUUCUGGGCUAUCCUCUUCACUACAACUCUGUGUAUCACCGCUUUGUUCAGAUGCAUCGGAGCCGCAUUUAGCACUUUCGAAGCUGCUUCCAAGAUCUCUGGAACCGCGGUCAAGGCCAUCGUCAUGUACGCUGGUUACAUGAUUCCCAAGCCAAAGAUCAAGAACUGGUUUGUUGAGCUGUACUACACAAAUCCAUUCGCAUAUGCCUUCCAGGCCGGCAUGUCCAAUGAGUUCCAUGGCCAGUACAUUGAUUGUGUCGGCCGAAACCUCAUUCCUAAUGGCCCGGGCUAUGAAAAUGUCGGAGAUGCCAACAAAGCCUGUGCAGGCGUUGGUGGUGCUACUACUGGUGCUACUUUCGUGACUGGCGACCAAUAUCUUGGAUCUCUGCAUUACCAUGCCUCUCAAAUGUGGCGAAACUUUGGCAUCCUCUGGGCUUGGUGGGGCUUUUUCGCAAUCUUGACCAUUAUCUAUACCUGCUUCUGGAAGGGCGGAGCCGCCAGUGGAUCGUCUCUUCUCAUCCCUCGUGAGAGCCUCAAGAAACACCAAGCUCACAGCGAUGAGGAAGCCCAGGGCAACGAAAAAGGCGCUCCCCGUACGACCACAGAUGAGCCUGUUGAGGUUGAUGACGAGAGCCUUGUUCGAAACACAUCAAUUUUCACAUGGAAGAAUCUUACAUACACCGUCAAAACCCCUACUGGAGAUCGCGUUCUGCUUGAUAACAUUCAUGGAUGGGUCAAGCCUGGCAUGCUUGGCGCUCUGAUGGGAUCGUCCGGUGCAGGCAAAACGACGCUACUUGAUGUGCUCGCUCAACGCAAAACCGAUGGUACAAUCAAUGGCUCCAUCUUGGUUGAUGGUCGACCUCUUCCCGUAUCAUUCCAAAGAAUGGCCGGUUAUUGCGAGCAACUGGAUGUUCAUGAACCGUACGCUACUGUGAGAGAGGCCCUACAAUUCUCUGCUCUCCUGCGCCAGUCCCGCGACGUUCCGAAGGCAGAGAAGCUCAAGUAUGUCGAAACUAUCAUUGAUCUUCUCGAGCUUCACGAUCUCGCCGAUACUCUUAUCGGUUCCGUGGGAAAUGGACUCAGCGUGGAGCAAAGAAAGCGUGUGACUAUUGGCGUGGAACUGGUUUCAAAGCCUAGCAUUCUUAUCUUCUUGGACGAGCCUACAUCGGGUCUUGACGGUCAAUCAGCCUAUAACACAGUCCGUUUCCUCAGAAAGCUUGCCGACGUCGGUCAAGCAGUCCUUGUCACCAUUCACCAACCUUCUGCGCAGCUGUUUGCCCAAUUCGAUACCCUCCUGCUUCUCGCCCGCGGUGGGAAAACGGUCUACUUUGGAGAUAUCGGUGAUAAUGGAGCCACAAUCAAGCGCUAUUUCGGCCAGUACGGUGCCGACUGUCCCGCCGAAGCCAACCCGGCCGAGUUCAUGAUCGAUGUGGUUACUGGCGGUAUUGAGGCGGUCAAGGAUAAAGACUGGCAUCAGAUCUGGCUUGAGUCACCCGAACAGCAUGCGAUGAUUGAUGAAUUGGACAGAAUGAUCGAUGACGCCGCAAACAAGUCCGCUGGAACAGUCUCAGAUGGUUAUGAGUUCUCCAUGCCUCUGUGGGAACAGAUCAAGAUCGUCACUCAGCGUAUGAACGUCGCACUCUUCCGAAACACCAACUACGUCAAUAACAAGAUGUCCCUGCACAUCAUUUCUGCGCUUCUCAACGGUUUCUCCUUCUGGAGACCCGGACCAAGUGUGACCGCCUUGAACCUUAAGAUGUUCACAAUCUUCAACUUCGUCUUCGUCGCCCCCGGUGUCAUCAAUCAGCUUCAACCCCUCUUCAUCCAGCGCCGCGAUAUAUACGAUGCCCGUGAAAAGAAAUCCAAGAUGUACUCCUGGGUCGCUUUCGUCACCGGUCUGAUCGUUUCUGAAUUCCCCUACCUCUGUAUCUGUGCGGUGCUCUACUUCGCCUGCUGGUAUUACCCUGUCUGGAGACUCCCUCAUGACUCGGACCGUUCCGGCGCGAUUUUCUUCAUCAUGCUGAUCUACGAAUUCAUCUACACCGGCAUCGGCCAGUUCAUCGCCGCCUACGCACCCAACCCUACUUUCGCUGCGCUCGUCAACCCCCUCAUUAUCAGUAUUCUGGUCCUCUUCUGUGGUGUCUUCGUGCCGUAUACUGAGCUCAAUGUUUUCUGGAAGUACUGGAUGUACUACCUUAACCCGUUCAACUAUGUCGUUUCCGGAAUGUUGACUUUCGGCCUCUGGGACGCGAAGGUUACCUGUAACGAGGAUGAAUUCGCCGUGUUCGAUCCGAUCAACGGCACUUGUGCGCAGUACCUUAAGGAGUAUAUGGCCGGCGCAGGAUCCAUGGUCAACCUGAUCAAUCCGGAUGCCACCACCGGCUGCAAGGUGUGUGAGUACACUGAUGGCAGUGACUUCUUGAAGACUUUGAACAUCAACCAUUACUACGUUGGAUGGAGAGAUGCUGCCAUCACGGUGAUCUUCGCUAUCAGUGGAUAUGCUUUGGUUUUCGGACUGAUGAAGUUGAGAACAAAGGCUUCGAAGAAAGCUGAGUAG